UUGGGGUAGUCUGAUUGGUUAGCUCGAUAAGUCAAGUACCAAAGUACCUUGCAUUGGGAACUUGAGGUCCAUCUUGAAAUGUUCAAUUCAUUAUGUCAGCACAGAAAUCGGUAAAGCCAUUUAUCCAUUCCGCAACAUCUUCCAAUGGAUGUCGGAGGGGUCCAAGUCCCCAAUCCCGUCUUUUCCCAGGUCUGAGGAAUAAAGUGGACCAACUGCUAAAAGUUCAAGUCUAAAAGUUGAUUUCGUUUCUCAGCGGUUCAUCGACUUCAAUAUAACGCCGCGAUGCCGCCCCGAAUACCAGGCGUGCAGCGCCUUGGUACUUUUUCCUUGUGUCUUCGACCGGCCAUAAAACCACCUACUUCGUCCCUCCUCCCAGUUACACAAACUGCCUCUCUGUCGCAAAAGGAAAAGAAGCGCCUGUCUAAGCAGGAUCCUUACCGAUGGGCUCAGAUGCAGCAGCGCAAAGCUGCUCACCUAAAGAGACGAGAAGAGAUCGAAGCGAUCAGAGAGUCCCAGUAUGGUGAUCCCAUCCGCGGUAUCACAACCCCCUUUGUCGAGUCCUUCGACUCCGCCGGCCAAGCCCAGCUGUCUAAACCACCGGUCGACGACGACGGGAACCCUCUGGAAGAACCGCACGAGCUCCCCACCUCGCCCCAUAUUCUGAACAACCUCAUCGACAAGAAGGAAUUGGAUUCCGCAGUCGAUCUCGCCUAUACUCUGACUCGGCCGAUGCCGACAGAACUCGUGCCUGCUGGGUCGGAAGAGUACGAGCAGCUCAUCGAACGUCACGAGCGGAACCACGCAAAGGCAGUCGAGGCCUUGAACAGGAUUACGCACAUGGACAACGGCUCUGCGAAGGAUAGGCUGCAUGCCAAUAUCCGGCGAUGCGUCGAGACCUUCGGGAGACACGAGACCGAUACUUUCUUAAGGCCCAAGGCCCUCUCACGAGGACAGGAGAGGGAAGAGAAACCGGUGCGAGGCGGUCCGGACACUGGAAGCAGCGAAGUCCAGAUCGCCAUCCUAACGGCCAAGAUCCGGGCUCUGGCCACCGAGUUGGAAAGGGGGCGAGGCUACAAGGACAAGGUGGGUAAGCGGGAUCUAAGGUUGAUGCUUCAUCGACGACAAAAAUUAUUGCGGUAUAUGGAGAGGAAGGAAAGGGGAAGUGAUAGGUGGAAGCAUAUGAUCGAGACACUCGGUCUUAGCCCGGCGACCUGGAAGGACCAAAUCACGAUAUAAAGCUUUCCAGUGGAAGUGCGUGCUAUGUGGAGUGUAUCAUAUAGGCGGCCUAGAUGCAUACUCUGUAAUAACAUGUGCUUAUGUACAAUACAAACAAACAAAACACCAGCAGCCAUUCGAGACGCGUGGGAGCUCUAACUGUCUGUCCAUCAGCCUAGCGCCAUUUAAAAAAAAAAGCAAGAGAAGAAAAGAAAAGAAAAGAAAAU